UAUUACUAAAUCCAAAAAAGCAUACUGCACGAUCAAGUUGGCGGGUAAUUUUAUUGCAAUUAUUUUUUCUCUAUUUUUAGAGAGUAGACUACACUAGAGACAGAGAGAGAGAGUAGUCUGAUUAACUUUACUUGGAGCCUUCUUUACUUUUGGUUAUAAUUGCCGGUUCUUCUUUUUCUUGUGUUUUGGCCGAUCUCAAGUUUGAAGCUGUUUUUCUUUUUCAUUGUCAUAUCUUGUUAUUAUACUCGUUUGGAAUUUGGACGAUUUGCACUGUGUUUUGGGAAUCUCAAUGGAGAAUUCAAUAGUUGAAGUGGAGUCUGCCGAACAACCAAAGCUGGAUUUACCUGAUACACAGACAAGAAACUGGAGUGAAAGUGGGGAGACCUCCUCACUUCAACAUUCAAGACGCCCAAACCUCUCCUCAUUGCAAAUACCGACAAGGUCUCUGGAAGAUACAGUGCUUAGUUCUACCAGAAUGGAUAUUCCUUCAGUACCAAGCCCCAGUUCUAGAGCAGGCUUACCCCCAAGGCCAAGUUCAGCAAAGUUCAAACCAUCCAUGAGAAAUCUGCUUCCACAAUUGAGUUUCAGAACAAAGAAUUUGUCUCAGGAAGGUGAGAAGACAGUUCUCCUCAUUGCAGAUGUGACUCCAUCAGAAGUACCUCCAGAUAAACCUUCAACUUCAAGGUCUUUUUCUCUGACCAAAGUCUUUUCCUCUCCUUCGACAAAAAGAACACACUCUUUACCAGUUACACCAGUUGCACAUUCAGGUCCAGACACUGUAUGGGAAAAAAAUCUGGAUGUUCAAUAUGAAUUCUCUAAGUCAGAAGUUCAGCUGCAUAUAACACGCUCACUCUCAGUUCCAGUCAAUGUAAAAAGCAGAAGCUUAAGGCAAAUGGAUUCCAAAGGAGGUCUAAUCCGUGUAAUCUCAGCAACCUAUGGCUCUGCAGCUGUUGAUGGAGCCUCACCAAAUGGUGCCCCAGAAAAUACUGCAACUGAAGAUGCCAGUGAAGAUAUUCCUGAAGAAGAAGCAGUCUGCAGAAUUUGUAUGAUUGAGCUUGCGGAAGGAGGUGAGACACUUAAGAUGGAGUGUAGCUGCAGAGGAGAACUUGCACUUGCUCAUAAAGAGUGUGCAGUGAAAUGGUUUAGCAUUAAGGGAAACAAGACAUGUGAUGUCUGCAAGCAAGACGUUCGUAACCUACCAGUAACAUUACUGAAAAUACAGAAUACUCGGACUGUCAAUAGACAGUCACAAGUGGUAUCACAACCAAGAGAAGUUACUCGUUACAGGGUCUGGCAAGAUGUACCAGUACUUGUCAUGGUCAGCAUGCUUGCAUACUUCUGCUUCCUGGAGCAACUGCUGGUUUCUGAGCUAGGCCCUCGUGCUCUGGCCAUAUCUUUGCCUUUCUCUUGUGUUCUGGGUCUCCUCUCUGCCAUGAUAGCUUCCACAAUGGUAAGCAAGAGUUUCAUCUGGGCUUAUGCUUCCUUCCAGUUUGCAAUUGUGAUCCUGUUUGCCCAUAUCUUUUAUAAUAUACUCAAUGUUAAUGCAAUUCUAUCAGUCCUCCUUUCCUCUUUCACUGGGUUUGGGAUUGCAAUCAGCACAAAUUCUUUACUCGUGGAAUACCUGAGAUGGAAAGCAAGCCGGGAACUGCGAUCUGCACAUCAACAAAAUAAUAGAGGUGGAUGGCAGAGAUCACCAGCAAGGGAGCAUUCCAAUGUGGGGCCAACUGAUGGAACCAGGCAGCAAGAUUCCAGGACUGAGAACACAAAUCCUCCCCAAGGAUAAAGCAACUUUGAUUCACUUAUAUAGGUUCAGAGGAAAGAGCUUUGGUUAAAGAAUUGGACAAUGCUUCUUGCUAAUGUUAAUUAACUCUGCAAUCAUAGAUUCUGUUCGAACUCAAUACAGGUGUAGGAGUUGGAAUGGAGAAAGAGGUUGAUUGUAUUUUAGCAUUUUAUUUAUAAAGAAUUGAUUUAUAAAGGAAAAGUUUAUUGUAUACAAGUUAUUGUAAAGAGCACUUGUGCUCAGGCUCAGCAUACAAUCAUGAGAAAUACAUCCUCUAGGAAUGGACUCCUAGACCAAGUGUUGAAGUGUGAGAGAAAACGAUCUGAGCACCUGGAGGUAUGAUCAAGAAUAGCCCUGCAGUUGACCAGAAUCCUUCAAAUCUUCCAAGGACUACAAAUCUACUCCGACAGAGCUUGAAUGACAUUCAAAGCAACUCUUUCAAAAAUAACACAUUGUAACUGAAGCUCUUGAGCAAAGCUCCAGCUUUCCAUGCAACAAAGCCAAGUUUUCAGUUUCUAAAGCCGAACAACUAGGUGUGAACCUGAGUAAAUACUAGAUCACCAAUAUGAUUUCUAACACCACCCCAACUGCUUAUCACAUUUCAGAAGUAGCACCAUCAAAAUUGAUUUUUGUUGGGAAAUGGGGUUACAAAAUUUGGAGAAGCUCUAAGUUGUAUCUAAAGACAUUGCCAUUAGAACGUUCUUUGCCUCCAAUCAGUUAAUAAUAGGUUACAGGCAAAUUCAUUUCUAGGGUACAGCAAAGCCUUGGGUGAGAAAUUGCAAACAAUAAAGUUGAAGAUUCUCAAAUGAAACCUUUUGUGAGAUAAUAGCAGAUCAAUCGUAGAGAAUAAUAGUGAUUUCUGUGAGAAAAUUGAGUGAAAAUUGUGUUUUAUUCGGCUUGGUUCACAUCCUUUUAUAGAUUUUGGAGAGUCAUCUUUGAGAAAAAUUGUAUUGGUUUGAAGGGGCUCUUUGUGUAGUCACAAUUUUAAACUGUGAUUGUUCACAUAGUUAAUAGUUAGUGAUUGUUAACGUUUGAAUAAUGUCUUUUGGUC